AUGCGGACGCAGGAGGCAAUUGCGGGAAUGCCCAACUAUGCGGACCAGUACCGCCAAACUCACCAGGCCAGCCCGGCAACGUCGUACUCAACACUCGUUUCCAGAAGCUAUGACCCUGAGCUCAUCGCGCGCCAGGCCUUGGACGGCACCAACCAGUACCGUGCUUCCAAGGGACUAGUGCCCCUGCAGUGGCACGACGGCAUUGCUCGGAUUGCGCGUCAGCAUGCCGAGCAGAUGGCCAGUGGGGCAAUGCCGUUUAGUCAUGACGGUGUAGAGGAGCGCUUCCGCGCCUAUCCGAUGGCCCAUCGUGCCGCAGCGGAGAACUUGGCGCUGAACCACGGCGUUGCAGAUGUCGCCAAGGUUGCAGUCGAUGGUUGGAUCAAAUCUCCCGGGCACGAGAGGAAUCUCCGCGGAACUUUUAACCUCUGUGGCCUGGGAGGCACCCAGCGCGCGAAGAUCGAGGCGAUGAAAGCGCAGAGCGACGACGAGGCGGACAUUAAGAAGCAGAUCGAAGUCUUGAACGACACACUGACGGUCAUUCCUGAUGCCAGACACCGUCUUCAGAAGUAUGCCACGGAGCUUCGCGAUCACCUGGCAGAGGGCCACCAGGAUGUAGACGUCGCUAUGCGUAGCGAAGGUGAGGAAAACCCGGAGGUCCAGGUGAUCCUGGAGGCACGCCAGCUGCUCAGGGAGGUUGACCAGACCUUGGGUACGCAGACUGCCGACGAGGAGCCAGCUGAUGACACAGCCGGAACCGGUGGAACGGCAGACGCUCCGAGUCUGCAAGGUGCUGUUUUACUUGACAGUCCAGGGCCAGGGGCUGCCAUGCCUGUUCAGGUGACCCUGGCCUCUGGCAAGGAGGUGGAGGUGACAGCAGCUGCAGGCGACAAGGUCGCUGACCUCAGGCAACAGAUCGCAGAAAAACUGGACCAGCAUCCAAGGUGCAUUGAGUUGAAUCACGAAGCCGGCGUGCUUGGAGAUGAGCAGAUCGUACCAGACUCACAAAUCACCGUGGUGCUCGUGCGGUUGCCCUGGAUUGGUGCCGGCCCGGACCAAGUAAAAGACCUCGGUGGUGGAGAAUUUGUCAUCGAAGGAGACGAAAAGAGGGGCAGCAAAUGCAAUGCUUUGUGCGAGGUGGGCUUCAGCAGUGGCUCCGAGUACUUUGAAGUUGAGGUCCUUGAGGGCUCAGGUGCUUUCAUCGGGGUCACCACCAGAAACGGAUUUCUGGAAGGCUACAAGAUCAAGGGCCUCUUCUUCGGCGGGCCUGGCAACCUGAGCAACGGUAGUGGCGGCUUGCGGACGCAAUUUGGCGAACAGGUGAAGGCAGGUUCCGUCAUUGGUGUGGCCUUGGACCUGACAGAUGAGUCGACCGUCUCGGUGACCUUCUGGGAAGGAGAUGUUUGCCUCGGAGAAGCUUUCAAAGGAUGUCCGCGCCAGCCAGGAGCCAUGGUGUUCCCAGCUGUGUGCGCAAACAAGGUCCAGGAUCGUUUCAAGCUGUCUUUACGGCGGAAUCCACGCAAGCAGACACUCAAGCAACCCCAUCCAGCGAUUGGAUCUUGGGAUUUGCAGCGGUUGGUCAUUGCAGGUGAAACUGUCAGCUUGGAUGCUGCCCUGGCUGUGAAAGGAAAGGGCAAAGGCAGGGGCUAUGCAGUGGAUGCCGAAGCACCACCUGGAAUGGGCAACAUCAUCAUGACCUUGACAGAAAAGCCAGGCACGCCACUCUUUCGGCUUUCGUUGAAGUUGGGAAACACCCUGAUGACGACUGUUCAAACUAACAGCGGUCCGAUCGGUGCGGAAGAGGUCCAGCUGGGCGUGGUUGCAGGAACAAUGGUCAUGGCCCCGCCCCCGCUCAUGGACUUGGAGCAAAGCUUUUCCAAGGCCCUCCCCUUGAUCACCAGCUGGAAAGUCACCAAAGACAGCCUGCAAAUGCGUGGUGGAGAUGUUGAAAUCGAUUUCCGUCACUACGAUGCCCCUCCUGAGGAACCAGUUUCCAGUGUCACACUUCCAUAG